ACAUCGGCAAAUUCUCCAACUGGACCAGCGGCGCCUUCCUGGCGCAGGGGUCGCUGCUGAACAUGCGCUCCUUCCUGGGCGUCGGCGCGCCCCACGCCGCGCCCCACGGGCCACACCUGUCCGCGCCUCCGCCCGCACAGCCGCCGGUCGCCGUGGCCACAGGGGCGCUGCACGUGGACAAGGCCUCAGCCCGAGGCAGCCCCGCGCUUCCAGCAGAGCGAGACCUCGUCCCUACGCCAGACUCGCCGGCCCAGCAGCUAAAAUCGCCCUUCCAGCCGGUACGCGACAACUCGCUGGCUCCACAGGAGGGAACGCCGCGGAUCCUAGCCGCCCUCCCGUCCGCCUGAUGCAGGGUCUCCGUUUGCUUUUGCGAG